GCAGGGGGCGGCCGAGCGCGGAGCGCUGAGCGGCUCUUCUUCUCCUCCACUCUGCCCGAUGCUACGGAGCCGCUAACGGCUAACGCGCUAAAGCGGAAGGAAAAGGACACAAAGGCGCGGAUUUAAACGGUCAAAACGCGCUUUUUCCACAAAAACGGGAGUUUGUGAGGAAAACCGGGGAGGAAAGGAGCGACGAGCGCUGUAACACCCACGGAGAAUAACCGCAGCAGCGCGGGGCUAACAGUGCUAACGGAGCUAACGGGGCUAACAAGGCUAACGGGGCUAACGGCGCCUUUCCCGCCCGCCGACAGCAACGCGGAUCGACCCGCCGUGUAGCGGCGAGUGAGUGCGGCGGAGCGCGGACAGCGCGCUCGCAGCUCGGGCGGAGGAGAGAGGGAGCCGCUCUGCGGAGGCUCCGGGAGGCCGAGCUUUGUCUGCUCAGGUUUAUCGGGCUUGUUUACCGGUUUCAGGCUUUUCCUCCAAACUGAACACCGCAGGUUUGCCUGUUCAGCUCAGCCGGUCCGCAGAUGUUCUGACAUUAUAAACUCCCACUAAAUCAGCUUUGAUUCCUCUGUUAAUGACGUUAAUUCGGGACUAAAUCCCCGCUUUUAACAUCACAGACAAGGGUUUUAACCCUCAGAUGCAUGUAGAGAGCAGAGAACAGGAAGGAUUAAUCCACCCGAAUCUGUUCGGAAAAUGUAAUUUUUCUUCCCCCCCCCCCUUGCAUUUCAUGUUAGACCCCAUUGCAUUUCAUGUUAGAUCCCAUUGCAUUUCAUGUUAGACCCAGAAUACAUGAGGAGCUGGUUUAGUUGGUGGGGUUCAACACUGGGGUCAGUUCUAGUGUGAGAUGUCUCUGCUUUCCAGUUCUGCUGUUUCCAGUGGUCUGUGGCUCCAACCAGGCUGAGCUCAGGACUUUCAUUGUUGUUAUUAUCAUAAUUAUUAUCAUCUGUAUCUGGAGCUCUGUGUCUGUCCAUCUUUCCCUCCAACUCUGAGUUCUGCCCCAUUCAGACAGAGAUGAACCCCUCCAGCGCCACCUCGCUCUACCUGGCCGCUUGUCGUGCGGCGCUCAGGUGUGACCCUCAACAACCUGAGAGCUUCACUGAGCUCUACGACCUGUUGCCCUUCUUCAGGGACGCGCUGUCCUGCCUGGCCUGCGGUAAUCUGCUGCGGGACCCGGUGGCCCCAAGUGCCUCGACCUGCCAGCACUUCUUCUGCAGAGGCUGUGAAGGCGGGACGCUGAGGAUGAAGCCGCCAUGCGGCUGCUGCAGGAACGCUCAGCAGUUUGAGGAGAACAAGCAGCUGCAGGUUCUGGUGGACUGCUACAGGAGCCUGUGCGAGUAUGUGUGGGUGAUCACGGCGGCAGAGCAGAGCACCUCGCGGAUCAGAGGCUAUGUUGAGGUCAUGAAGAUGCUGGAGGAGGUGCUGGAGGUGAAGCAGGAGCAGGUGGAAGAGAAGAUCGUAGAGGUUCCUCAGGAGGCUAAGGAAAGCUCUCAGAGUUUUAAAACGGAGGCGAGUUCUCCGUGCCCGAUUUCUGUGAAUAAAACUGACCCUGAUGCUGGAGUCGAUGGCCAGAAGGUUGAAAAUGUGUCAUCGUCUAAGGACAUCAAAACCGAGCUAGAACCAUCCAGGCUGAUCACGUGUUCUGGUGUGGAUCAUCAUCUUGCUGUGCAGCAGUUCAGCACUGAUACUGUUACUAUAAACAUCUCAAAUGGCAAUGUCCUCCACGAUGGCUGCACCAGUCCUAUUCUCCUGAGUGUAGAGGAGGUUCUCAACAGCCUCGAGUCUGAAUGUUCCACCAACCAGGCUAAGUCAAAAGUUCCACUAAGCGACAGCAGAAGCAAAAGCUCUGGUGAGGUCCUUCAAGCCUUUCAGGCCACCCCUAGUGGUGCUCUACCACCUGCCCACCCUCAGCAGCCUCAGACGGGCAUCACCUGCCAGGCAGCGGCCCACAGGAAGGUCCACCUGAGCCGGAAGCGUUCGCGCUCCGAGAGCGACAGCGAGAUGCUCCAGCCUGUGCCCAUCGCCUGCUUCACCCAGAAGCCUUCUGUGGCCUCCACGGUGCCUCCGCAGGCAGCGUCCGAGCCCAAAGCUCAGAAUCGGGCAGCUGGAGUCCAAAAUGGGGUGGUGCUGAAGGUCAGCAGGAUGCUGCUGGACUCCACGAAGAACAUUCAGAAGAACGCUGAAAGCCUCGGAGCCAAAAAGGUUCCCACUAAGACUAAAAUCGGCACCCCCAAGCCCAAACCCAAGCCCAAGGUGUCUGAUGGUGCGCUCCCAGGGAACCCCACCAAAGUGGUGUAUAAAAAGCCCCCAGAGAAGAAAGGCUGCAAGUGUGGAAGAGCCACGCAGAACCCAAGUGUCCUUACCUGCAGGGGGCAGCGCUGUCCGUGCUAUUCGAACCGUAAAGCCUGCCUGGACUGCAUCUGCAGGGGCUGCCAGAACUCCUACAUGGCCAACGGAGAGAAGAAGCUGGAGGCCUUCGCAGUGCCCGAGAAGGCCCUGGAGCAGACCCGCCUCACCCUGGGCAUCAACCUUACCAGCAUCUCGGUCAUGAGCACCGGAAGUAACCCGGGAGUCCUCAGCCUUUCGGCCAGACCCCAGAUGGCCUCCUUCCUCAGCGCCAGCCCAGAGAAGGAGCCCAGCUUUGAAGACCCGCUGGAGAUGCGCUUUGACUGUUAGUGGCUGUGAUAUGAUGUCUGUCCUACAGGCGGUGUGAAGACAGGCAACUACAAUCCUGCCCUUCAGCUCAGAGCGGUACUUCAGCCAGAAACCUGAUCGAUCACCCUCACCUCGGAUCUAUCAGCCAGGACCGCGACCGGAGCUGUGGGGCUAAAGCCAACGAGGCUUUCUGGCCAGGGGUGUACAAACCUCUGUACAUGCUUAGCAAAAAGGGUUCUAUAUGGUACCAAAAAAGGGUUCUUUGGCUUGGGGAACCCUUUUCAAUAAGGUUCAGCACACUCUCCAUCAAUCCAGAGAACCCGUUUCACCACACAGAGAACCCUUUAAUCAUGUGGUCAAAAAGUAUUGGCUUGACAAUGCAUGAGUACCAAAAGUAAAAGUACACACUUAGCAAAAAAGGGUUCUUUGGCUUGUAACAAUAGUGGAACCCUUUUCCAUCUACAGCACAUUCUCCAUCAAUCUGAAGAACCCUUUAAUCGUGCAGAGAAUUCUUUGAGUGUUCAUGCUUCUAUGCAGAACCAUUUUCUUAACUAAAGAGCCCCUUUAAGAACCAUCUUUAUUUUUUACAUUUUUUAUCUUUUUUAAAGAGUGUAGAUACUUUCGAGUAGUUGUAGGUAUUACUUUAAUUAACAAGUUCUAUGAAGGUUCUGUUAGUUGUUCAUAGAACGAUAUCCACAAUAACUGUACAAUAAGUAGAUAAGAUGGUUCUUUAGUUAAGAAAGUGGUUCUAUGUAGAACCAUGACCAGUUGAGGGAUCCUUUGCAUAACCGAGUGGUUGGUUGCAGCGUGAACGCGUUCUUCAGGUUGGUGGAGAAUUGCUGUAGAUGGUUCUAGAUUUAGGUUAUAGCACCAAAUAUGUUCCUCUAUUGUUACAAACUAAAGAACCUGUUUUUUGAGGGUUUUUUGCUACUGUAUAGACCCUUUUUUGCUAAGAGUGUACUUUUGCUACUCGAUUACAUUCUCAAGUACUUGAAUACUUUUUGAUACUUUUACUAUUUGAUAACAUUUUACCAGAGAAAUGUGAACCUUUACUCAUUGUUCAUUUGUCUGUCGCUGGUCAGAAAGUGUGUGAGCAGUUAGCCGUGAUGCUAAUUGGUGGGGUAUAAAAUUCCAUUGCUGGUUAACUACAUUAGCCGUGUAGCUUCAGUGCUAACGACACUCCAAGCAGGUCCCUCACCUUGCGGAGGGCGGAGGGUGGAGGGCGGAGGGUGAUUUCUGGCUGAACUAUCGCUUUAAUUGGUAUUGUUUGCCAAACACUCUGUGUUCACUCUUAUUCUGAACAUUUGGUUCUCCAGGUUCUAGCUAAUUUGCUGCCGAGGAAUCUAACUCUGUUUCUGAUUGAGCGGAUUUUCCUGGUGAUGGGAUGUCUAAGUGCUUUGGAAAAGCCCAAUAUUGUGAUAAAAUCCUCCAGCAGGUUUAAGCUGAGAUAUACUGCCCUUUGUUUUUAUUUCUUUAUUUUGUUCUCAAAAUAAUCAGUUGUCCUUGUGUUUUAAUGAUGGUGACCAAGCUUUGGGAAGGUCGGCGCCGCAGGUCGGGCUCAGUCCGAAGGUUCUGUUGGUGAAUAAACGCGUUCGUGUUUCCUGGGCAUGGAUUAAGCCCAGGUUCUAGAUGAAACGUCGGCGUCGGUGUUGAGGUGCGGUUGGAGACUGGGUAUUAAUCCGGGUUUAGGUCUAAUCUGGGUCUGGGAAGGGGCUCCUGAUGUCUGUCAGAUGAUGAUUUGAGGUCGGAAGCUGAAAGCGAGUCUCUGACUGGUUUAAACAGGUUUAGCUGCGGCUGAUUUUCCCUCAGUGGUGAUGAAAACGGAGCAUAUAAUCCUGCAAGGCCGGUUCUGUUAAGCUUUAUGGGCCUUUUCUCUUAUAGUAGUGGUUCACUCUGUUUAACUAAUGUUCAGAUUAUUCCCAUUAAAACACAAACUGCUGAG